UUAGUGGAGGGGUCGAGACACAUGAUCAGGUGAUAGUAAACACAGCCCUGCCGCCUCCCUCUUGUGGUAUAUUAUUUCUGAUAAAACCUUCACUUCUCUCCCAUCUCUCAACACCACACUGCCACAUUCUUACAGUAACAUAAUACCAAUGACUGACCAGGUAGACAACAUGGUUUCCCCUAUGGAUGAUCAAGAUAAGCUUCUGGAUGAGGCCAUGGGAGCCGUUCGAGGCCAGGCAUUUCAAAUGAAGCGAUGUUUGGACAAGGGACGCUUAAUGGACGGCCUUAAGCACGCGUCAAACAUGCUUGGAGAACUGAGGACAUCACUGCUCUCCCCUAAAACUUACUAUGAACUUUACAUGUGUAUUUGUGAUGAGCUGAGACACCUGGAAAUGUAUCUCAUUGAUGAGUUCCAGAAGGGCCAGCGUGUAGCAGAUCUGUACGAGCUGGUCCAAUAUGCUGGCAAUAUUGUUCCAAGACUGUAUUUGCUGAUAACAGUUGGUCUGGUGUAUAUUAAAACAAAUGAAACCUGCAAGCGUGACAUUUUAAAAGAUCUGGUUGAAAUGUGUAGAGGUGUUCAGCAUCCCCUUCGUGGGCUGUUCUUGAGAAACUACCUUCUUCAGUGUAGCCGGAACAUCUUGCCAGAUGUUGAUGACCCGCCGACUGGACACAACCCAGAAGAGUUUCCACAUGGAUCAAUCUCAGAUAGUGUGGACUUUAUUCUAAUGAACUUUGCUGAGAUGAACAAACUAUGGGUAAGGAUGCAGCACCAAGGCCACUCCAGGGAUAAAGAGAAGAGAGAACGGGAGAGGCAAGAACUACGCAUCUUGGUUGGGACAAACUUGGUGCGCUUGUCUCAGUUAGAGUUCGUUGACGUUCAGAGGUACAAAAGAAUGGUUCUGCCAGGGAUCUUGGAACAAGCUGUGAGCUGCCGUGAUCCACUUUCUCAGGAAUAUUUGAUGGAAUGCAUUAUUCAGGUGUUCCCAGAUGAGUUUCACCUUCAGACACUAAGUGCAUUCCUCAAAGCUUGUGCUGAACUCCACUCUGAAGUUAAUGUCAAGAACAUCAUAAUCUCUCUCAUUGAUCGUCUGGCAAACUUUGCUCAUCGUGAAGAUGGAACUGGAAUUCCUGAUGAUAUCAAACUGUUUGAGAUAUUCUCAGAGCAAGUCUCACAAGUUAUCAAGUCACGGCCAGAUAUGCCUAUGGAGGACACUGUCAGCUUACAAGUGUCUUUAGUCAACUUGGCACAGAAAUGUUAUCCUAAUGAAAUAGAAUAUGUGGACAAGGUGUUACAGAAUACAUUGGAUGUGUUCCAGAAGUUGAAUGUUGACAAGAUGACUCAGGGGAUUCACUCAGGUUCAGCCUUAGGCAAGGAACUGAGUCGCCUCCUGCGUCUGCCAGCUGACAACUACAACAACCUGUUGACACUUCUACAGUUACAGUACUACACUCCUCUGCUUGGUCUCCUGGACUACAGUGGGCGUAAGAUCCUCAGCACCUAUCUUGUUACAAAUGCUGUUGAAAAUGAGACCGAUGUACCUACCCAGGAACAGGUUGAUUCAGUGCUGUCCAUGGUUGCUUCAUUGAUCUGUGACCAGGCAGAUCAGCCUUUGGUUGAGCCAGAUCCUGAGGAUUUGGCUGAAGAACAGGGACUGUUAGCAAGGUUCCUCCACCUUUUCAAAUCUUCAAGUAGUGACCAGCAGUAUUUGAUCUUGACAACUGCUCGUAAACACCUAGGUGCUGGUGGCAACAAAAGGGUGCUGUACACCCUGCCACCUCUUGUGUUCCAGGCUUACCAACUGGCUUUUAAAUACCAUACAGAGAAAGAAGAGGAUGAUAAAUGGAGCAAAAAAGUCCACAAGAUCUUCCAGUUUUGCCAUCAGACCAUCACAGCACUUGUUAAGGCAGAAUAUGCUGAACUACCUUUGAGACUGUUCUUGCAAGGGGCUCUAGCCAUUGACAAGAUUGAUUUUGAAAACCAUGAAACUGUCGCUUAUGAGUUCAUGUCUCAGGCAUUCUCCCUCUAUGAAGAUGAGAUCAGUGACAGCAAAGCCCAGUUGGCUGCUAUGACGCUAAUAAUGGGAACUUUCCAGCAGACAACAUGUUUCAGCGAAGAAAAUCAUGAACCUCUAAGAACACAAUGUGCCUUGGCAGCUUCCAAACUGUUGAAAAAACCCGACCAAGCCCGUGGAGUCACAACGUGCUCUCACCUCUUCUGGUCAGCACGGUCACAACACACCAACAAGGAGGAGUUGCAUGAUGAAAAACGUGUUCUAGAAUGCCUGAAGAAAGCUGUCCGUAUUGCUAACCAGUGCAUGGAUCCCUCAACACAAAUUCAACUUUUUGUUGAACUCUUGAAUCACUACAUUUACUUUUAUGAGAAAGGCAAUUCACAGGUAACUGUGGCAAUGCUUAAUCAGCUAAUCAGCAAAGUAAAGGAAGAUCUUGCCAACUUAGAGACUAGUGAGGAAACUGAUCAGAUUUCAAGACAUCUGACAAACACUCUAACUCACCUUCAGCUCCGACUACAAGAACCGCCCAGUGAUGGACCCAGUUAUGAGGGUCUCCAGGUUUAAACUGUCAUCCAUGUGUCCUUCAACACCCUCAAAAUUUUAUAUGUAUAUAAUUUAUCACAAAACUUGCAUCGCAAAUAUAAAAUCCAGUAAUAUGUAAAUAACAGAAUUUGAUUGAAGUUAUAAAUAACGUUGGACAUUAGACAAUCGUUGUGCCGUGUACUGUUGGCUUUAGCAGUGACAUGUUUUCCAGAGAUGGAGAAAUAUUCACAUAAUACAUAACAAAAAUUUUAUUAUUCUAUCAAUAUUUACUGACAUCGUAGUACAGAAUAGCUUAGGAGGAGAGGUUUUCCGUAUCAUUCCAAGAUGAAAUUUGAUUAUAUAAUUUUAUGUUCUCAUUUGAAAUGAGACAUUUUUAUGCAUUUUCUCUACAUGAAAUUUAAAUCUCACUUUUAUAUAAUAUUAACUAUUAGGACAUUUAUGUUUAGUGCAUCUGUAUAAUAUAGUAACUAUCAAUAUAUGGCAUAGUAUUAAGAGUUAUCAUCUUCCCGAGAACUUUGUUAUUAUGUAAUAUUGUCUAUCUUCAGUAUCCUUGUGAAAUACUUCGUCACACAUUUGUCCAAAAUUUUAGUAUUCCUGCGUACCAUCUGACUCUUCAAUGGGAGAGGAGGACCUGAGCUUUCAUAUGUUGAGUGAUAUUGUCAUGAAAAAAUAUAUUCUAGCAGCUGUAUGAAAAGUUUAUUGUUUGUCACAUAUCUUACCAGUAGUAGUGUGUUGUGGACUAUGUAAGUGGUGAUGGUUGAGUGUAAUGUUUGCUACACUACUAUUUCAUGACUGACAAAGGCUUAGUUAACAGGUGUUGUAUCCACUUCUUUCAUGCAUGUGUACAUUCAUAUACUGUAUAUGUAUACUUUUCUCCAUCAUUCUCAGUGUAACAAGAGUGUAGUGAAGAAAAUUAAACAUAGAAAGUGUAAAGGGGCACAGAAUGUGAAAAUGAGGGGUAAGUUGCAUGGUACAGGUAUUAGGAUAUUUGUGCUGGCUGCCAGAUAUAUGUGUACAGCUAUGUAGGUACUGUUUAAGAAAAGUUUUUAAGGAUUAAAUUAAUCAACGACAACAUUCCUUGAACUUUUCUCUGACGUAACACUAUUGUAGUGCUUGUACUAACCUUGUUCUUAAUUUGUAUAACUUAUAAUUAGGGAGGAUGUAAUAGGCUUAAAUGCUAUGCCACCAUAGUUGUUAAUAUAAUGCUGUCACAGUGAA